AUGCAGAAAUUCUUCAUAGUUGCUUUGGCAUUAGUCGCCUUCGUAAGCGCCGAUGCGGGCUACAAUUAUCCAGCGCCCGCUGCUUCAGCGCCAGCGCCACCUGCACCUUUCUUCAAUGCCGCCGAAUCUGCUCCUGCCCCAUCUAGGUCCUAUGUGCCACCUGCCCGUCAUCAGCCCGCUGCCUCUGUACCUGUGCAGUCAUUUGCUCCCGCACCUGCUCCAGUGGCAGCCCCUGCACCUGCCCCAGCCCCAGCGCCAGUCUUCCAUGCUGCUGAAUCUGCUCCUGCCCCAUCUAGGUCCUAUGUGCCACCUGCCCGUCAUCAGCCCGCUGCCUCUGCACCUGCACAAUCAUUUGCUCCCGCUCCUGCACCUGCCCCUGCCCCAGUCUUCCAUGCCGCUGAAUCUGCUCCUGCCCCGUCCAGGUCCUAUCCCGCACCUGCCUUCGAGGCCGCUGCUUCCGCUCCAGCUCCGGCUCGCUCCGGAUACGAUUACCCUCAGCCUGCUGCUAGCCAGCAGGGCUACAAGUACAGAACAGUGCGUCGUCGCGUAUACAGACACCGCGCUUAA